UCCGGGCAUCAUACUAUUACCACGCAUAUUUCAUCUUCCUCGGAUUCAACCUUGUCCCUCGCGUUAGCGCACAACAUGCAGGCAGUGAUUGAGGGGACGACGGCUAGCUCAGAAGUCAAUCUCUCCCCGAUCUCCGAUAUCAUUGGUGCACUGCACAACAUUCAUGUUCACGAGCAAUGAUCCCAGACCUUGAAACCCCGUUCUCCAGAUUCCCAAAUACUGACCACUCCGCUAUCGAGCGCAAAGACCAGAGCAUCAGCGCUGUCAUCACCGAACGCCAGCAGCAAUUAAAUGCAGUUUUGCAGGACGUCUCAGGCCUGGAAAGCGUCAUGGAUAAGAUAAAAGGUCUUCACCGGCAGCUUCUCGAAGAGAAGGACAAGAUUAUCCAGUCCAUGAACUUGCACAAGGGACUUGUAUCAGCUCUCUGGCGCUUUCCAUCUGAACUCCUAUCCUAUAUUUUUGUUCACUGUCUCCCGGAAACCGAACACUUGUUGCCCGCAUCAAAGUUGGCUCCCAUGCUGCUUACUCGAAUAUGUCGACGAUGGAGGGAGGUUGCCGCACGCACGUCCGAUUUGUGGUGCGGAGUGAUUGUGGACGUCGACGACGAAGACUGGCAGCAGGCAGCCUUCUGCUAUGACUCAUGGCUCAAGCGGUCACAAGAUCGCCCUCUCUCAUUAGCACUCAGGUGCUUCGAAGAUGACGCGACCAACCUACGAACCCUUCUUCAGCCUUACAUGAACCGAAUCUCGUCUCUUCAAAUCGUAUUCGUCGACCCCGUCACACCCGAACUUUUGUUAGACGACCUCCCAGCAUUGCAGGAGCUUACCAUAAGCACAUCCUAUCACAUGUGGCGUCCAACUAUUGCACAAUCCAUCUCGCGUUUACCAUUCACCCUGCGCAGUCUCAAGGUAGUCGGACCGUCCGCAUUCGACUUCGAUCGCUUAUCUUCCUUCAAUCCCGUAUGGGCCCACCUGACGCACGUCGAGAUCGCUUUAGAGCCGUUCGCACACACCAACCUUCAAUCCUUGCGCAUCAGUAAUGCAUCCCCGUUGCGCAUGGCAAGCUUGUUCCCUGACUUGUUCAAUGCACUCACACUCCCCAAUUUACGCGUGCUUGAAGCUCGUUAUAUACGGCCGUGGCCUCAUGAGGAGUUGAAGGCAUUUUUGGUACGGUCAGGCUGCCCUCUGGAGAGCCUAAUUUUUGGCACUAGAGUCAUGACGACAAAUGAGCAGCGAGCGGAAUACAUUAUCCUCGUUCCUUCCCUCGAGGUAGUAGUGGAUUACAUGCGCGGUGAUUAUUUUGGAUAUCGCCGCUUGGCACAACAGUAUGGCAUUGGCAGAAGGAGACACGUAUUAUGAUGACACGUUGUAUAUUUUUUAUGCAGCUAGUGGUCAUCGUAGACCGUUCCGUGUCGGACUUUUCAUAAUC